GGUAGAGAGAGCAAGAGAGGGGAUCAGUAGGAGAGUGGACAAAGUGUUAUCAACUGUGACAGUGGAGAUGGGGGACGCAAAAAAGGGGAAACAUACCCCGCUAGAGAGAAGAGGAGUGAACUAAAAGAGAAGACGGACGUAGUUAUUCCCACUGCGCAACAAAAUAAGAGAGACAGAUGUUACAGGCAGUGACAAAGUCAAAGAAAGGGAAGCAAGAAAUCAGAAAGUAUACGGACCCAAGAGUCAGUCUGUUUGCAGUGAGUAUUGAGCGCCUGUUCCUGGAACAGGGUGGGACCAUCUCUAGGAAGACUCAACUUCAACCACCACAACGACCAUGUACAGUGGAUAUGGAGGGAGUCCGUCCCGAACUCUCUCCACCAUGUCCCUGUCCGUUCGCCCAGUCAGACGCCUCAUCUCCAGAUCCAUCACUAGGAGCCAGAGUUUUACUGGAGUCAACAACUACGACAAGCCCUACAGGAACCUCUCGGUGUUCAGCACCCCAGGUCUUAGUAGAAAGCCCAGCAGAGCCAGCAGGAUGUUCACUAUGUCCACCAAGUCUAACCCACCACCAAAGGUUCCUCAACCAGAGCGACUGGAUCAGGUCUAUGAGGCACUGAGGAAAGGCCUUCAGUCUUACCUGCAGGUUCAUCAGAUGGACUUGGACAACCUCAGCAGACAAAUGAAAGAAUCAAAGAGGAACUCCAGACUGGGUUUCCUGUAUGAACUAGACAAGCAAGUGAAGGUGACUGAGAGGUACAUAAGACGACUGGAGUUUCACCUCAGCAAGAUCGAGGAGCUAUAUGAAGCCUACUGCCUGCAGAGGAGACUCCGGGAUGGAGCUGACAAGAUGGUCAAGGCGUACACUGCCUCUCUAAGCAGUAAGGAGGCAAGGGAGAGCUUAACAGAAGCCAACAAAGGCUACAAAGAGUACACUGAGAACAUGUGUGUGUUGGAGAGUGAGUUGGAGAACCAGCUGGGGGAGUUCCACAUUAAGAUGAAAGGUCUGGCUGGAUUUGCCAGAUUAUGUGCUGGUGACCAGUAUGAAAUCUUUAUGAGGUACGGUCGGCAGCGGUGGAAGCUCCGAGGCAGAAUAGAGAUCAAUUCCAAGCAGGUGUGGGACAGUGAAGAGAUGGUGUUGCUGCCGCUCGUCAAUGACUUCCUCUCUGUGAAGGUGACAGAGCUGAAGAGCUUAGCCAAUCACGUGGUUGUAGGAAGUAUUUCCUGUGAGACUAAGGAUCUGUUUGCUGCACUGCCCCAGACAGUUGCUGUGGAUAUUAAUGACCUUGGAACUGUUAAGCUAAGCCUCGAAGUCACCUGGAAUCCUUUUGAUAAAGAUGAUCAGGGGUCAAUGGCGAGCUCUGUCAACAAGCCCCCGACCGUCAGUAAGAGAUUCUCAACAAUCUUCAACCAGAGUCCACCUGACACGCCGUCCUUACGUGAACAAGCCUUUUAUAACAUGCUGCGUCGUCAUGAAGAGUUAGAGAAUGGAACAGCGUGGUCAAAUUCUUCUGAAUCCUCUGAUGACUCCUCUAGUCCUCAGCUAUCUGCAGGAGGUCCACGCAACUCGACACAUCAUAAGGCAGUGGUGGUGACACCAGAGAUUCAGCCAACUGCAACAGAAAGAUCCUCCCCUCAGCCUGACAUCUCAUUCAGCCUCAGAGACUCUUCCUCCCAAACUCCAAAAUCCACCUAUAUGGUAUGCUCCGUCAGUGAGGUUGCCAACACCACCCAUCACCCAACAGAGAGCAACAGAGAAGAGGACAAGGGGACAGCCACUGAGAUGACAAAACCUGACAGUGAGGAAGAGGAUCCAGGGAAACAGUCUCCCACUGCAACAGGGGAUGGGUUGGUGACCAAUAGCCACACCUCACACAGUUACUCGCGCUCUCUGAGCCACAUUAGUGAAAGCAGCGCCGAUGGUAUUGUGUUAACGGAUAGGUCAGCUGGGGAAUCAGGGGAGGAGAUUUCUUUGGCCUCUGGGAUCUCCAUCAAUGACAUUGAAAUGGAGCUGCCCAGCAGAACUCCUGAGUUACCUAGCUCUGCUGCCACAGACACUGACAUGUCACCGAGGAGGCUUGAUGUCGUCGAAGAAAACACAACAGUGAAUGAUGUCACAGAUCAACAUCCAAUCAGGUUGCCACAGGAUACAUCCAGCUCUGUCCUCACAUCAUUCUCCCCUAGGACUGAAGGAAUGAACUCUAGCCCUCCAUCACAAAUGAACACACUCCCACACCUCGAGUGCAACAUAGUCCCAGAGAGCGGGGAUGCAACAUAUUCAGCUCGGCGGGUGUCGGUGGAGGAGGAGAUGCCAUGUGCAGAUGCAGAUUGUCUGUCCAGAGAGGGUGAUGGUCCAGUGGACUGCGGGCUGGAGGAUGCCCUGGCAGUUGUAGUUUCCUCUCUGGAUGAUUACAGGGGACAGUUCCCUGAGUUACAACUACUGGAGCAAGAGCUGAAGCUGCUGCAGGUUACACUGAAGGGUGGAAGGCACAGCCGUUCACCCAGUGUGGCCAGCCUCACAGUGGAAACAGCUCUGGGCAGCUUUGAUUUCCUCAACAUGUCUGACUGGGAGGAAGAUGAGGAGGAAAGGAGUGACAAGAGGAACAGAAAUGGCAGGUCUCUGCAGGACAGAGGCUGGGACAGCCCCUCCUCCCCCACCCUCCCCCUCACUACAGGCUGCACUACUCUAGACUGCUCCCUGGUGGUCCACUUGAAGAACUGCAAUGCACAGUUGCUGCGUCUGGGUAUGUUUGGGCCUCUGCGCUGUGGAGAAAUGUACGCCUUAGACCGACUGCUGAGAGAGGCUCGAGUGCUUGAAAACAUCCGUCGUCUCACCAGGGACAACCCGAGACGCCUCAGACAGCCCGAUGAAGUGAUACCUCAGUUAGGCCUGUGCCUGGGUGCUGUGUCACUAUGGCAACAGUGUGUGGGGCAGGGCAGCAAGUACAGCGUCUCUGCUGAGGACUUCCUGGAUACGUUGUCUACAGCCUUCUCCAGCAUACUGCCAGAGAUGGUCAGCAGCAUGGCUGACAAAGUGUUCCUGUGUCUGAUUGAGCGAGUGCUGGAUCAGAGGUUACCACGGCGAGGCAGCAGCAGAGAUGGAGUGAUGUUGACGUUGUUCCAGCUCUGGAGUUACGUAGAGGCUAACGGCAUCAGUGACAUGGAAACACACAUCACUGAACUGGCAGAAGAGGUGUGGUUGGUGCAGCGGCUGGCAUCGUCUGACCUGGACGUGAUCGUUCACACUUUGCGGCGUCCUGCAGAGUGUAGCCUGAGAAGAGAAGGACUUCAUGCUGUGGCAAAGUUACUGAAAGACCCACGAGGCAAAGUGUCAGCAUCUGCCAGCUCUGUACUGAGAAGCCUGGCUGCCCAGCCAAGACAGAGAGAGCAGGCUUUGGUCAGCUGUCUGGAGCUGCUGGAGGAUGAGAAAGUGGACACCAGAGUGUGUGGGUGCAAGGCCUUAGCUUGUCUGAAGGCUAAAGAAAGUAUCGACCAGUUAGUGUAUCUUUGUCGGACAGACAAGGAGGAAGUCCGAGAUGCUGCCAAACAAACGCUGCUCGUCCUCGGAGAGGAGGGGAAGAUGGCCCACAGACAUGUGGAGACGUCUCAGGACAGUAUACCAAGACUCUUCGCUCCAGGAAGCAUAGCCAGCACAGCGUUCUAACACACACACACACACACACACACACACACACACACACACACACACACAGACACAGACAUAUCUACCCCAUUACUAACACUGGAAGAUCAAAAGAUAAAUACAAUAUGAUAUACAGUAUAUACACUGACAGAGAGGAGUCAUAUCAACAUUAAGAAUGACACCUUUGCUUAACACUGGGCAAAGAUUUACGUAAGCUACAAAUACUAUCGCUGUAUUUUAUAUCAGCCUGUGAUAAAUACUCCAAGAAGAUUGGUUAGACUGUAAAGAUGCUGGGAAGAAUGAAUAGUGUGAGCAAACUGGACAGGAGGGAUGAAUGAAGAGAGGAGCAGAAGAAUGAAAUUGAUAUGAGAACAGGGAAUAAUGUGUCGGCAUUGAUUAAAAUCAUAUUCAAGUCAGAUUACUGGGCAAAUGUCUUUCCACCACUGUUAUGUUCAUGGUCCAGACACAUAUAUAUACUCUUUUGAAAUAUGUCAAGAAAAGACAACUUUAUAAAGCUUUAUCAGAUAAUUACUGUUUUCACAGCUUUCAAAUGCCAAAAUAACUAUUUAGUUUCUUGUGAUUUGUGAUAUGAAAGUUGUAUUACUUUUACUUUCUUGAUAACUUUUGAUUGGUUACAUGGUGAACCAGCAGGCAUACACAGAAUAAAUAUUCCAUUCUAGCUCUGCAUAAAACUACUUUAAGCUUAAACUGCCGUGUUUACUUAAGAACUGGAGGCUGUUUGUACUGUGCUGCUCCAGAUGAACAGUUUGGUCUGUAACAUGUCUGCAAACUCAACAUUAAUGACACUAAAAAAGGCGUUCCCACACAGCUCAGCCUUCACUGUAGCCACCAGCUCUACCUAUGCUUGUUGUUUUCAAGUUUUGCCAGAUGGCUGUGGAGACCUCUCUGGUUGUAAUCAAGAUCACGUAAGACCACUUCAGUCGAACGAUGUGCUGGUUUUGAGACAGAGUCAAAGGACUGAUAUUGCUAAAUUUAAAUGGAGACCCAAAAAAAUCAAAUUUAGUCUAUAGUAAGCUUUUAACUACUGGAUAUAAACCUAGUUGUCUAAAAGGAGGACACUUGGUUGUUAAAAGACACUAUGGAAAAUCAACUUGUGUCAGUGACAUUGUAGAGCAGUUAAGGUGGCAGCAGAACUGCAGGCUGCUGUGAGGCAAGAACAAUCAAAACACAUGCACGACUGAGAGACAACUGGGAGCAUGUUUCAAGACCAGUUCUACAGCACUGACUUGCAACAUUGUUCAGAGGAAAUCAUCGUCCUCAAACCUGAUCAUGAGUGUAUAGAAAUAGUGACUAUAAAUGUUUCAUUUUAUUCUCAAAACAAAGACAUGAACUGAAGGUCCACAGGGACAGAAACAUCACUAUGGAGUGUUGGAUUCAAAGACAGGUUCAGAAACAGUUACUGGUUGCUGUAAUCCGUCUCUCCAUCGGUUAUGGCUGUGACUUAAGUGGCAUUACUUAAACAAACUAGAUGGCAUAACAUAUUGUGUCACUAACUGGCCUGACCCAUAGGAGGAGAAUAAAAGGCAUUGCUAUAGCGUCCUCCUGGCUGAGUCCCACUACCUCCCUGACCCCACUCUAAGAACUCUGUUCUGUGUCUGUAGUUUCGACACGUGAAAAGUACAGAAAGGGAUACUGGUGCUCACUUUCAGUCAGAAUUCCAUUGUGUUAAACCUGUUUGCUAAUACAGAAAGUGAAAGACAAAUGUGUUUGAAAAAUGAACCAAGGUGGAUAGAAACAUUAAAACCCUGCUUACUUCCACUCAUCCUCAAACCUGGCUAGUCUCUGCAUGAGGGUGGUGUGAUGGGUUUUCAGUGGCUACGGUGGUUUCAGAUGCUGAAACACUUUGUGAGGCACACAGAGGCCCCAAGAGAUACAAACGUCCAGUCCUUGUGCAAAAAUACAUGCCUCAGUGAACAUGAGGUGAGCAGCCUUCCCUCUGGUAGCACAGCAAAGACUCUUAUUUUACUGCAUAACACAGGAUACAGUAGAUGCAGAAUGCAGCAAGCAGCAUGUUUCAACUAACACACUCACAAAGAUAAUCCAUGUCCCACAUCUGCUAACACUGGUUUAUUAACUGUGAAUCGUCUUCCACUUAAGAAGGUCAAAAUGAAAGCUUUUUUACUCUGUAUUACAGGCCUUCAUGUUUAAUGUUGCCAACAUACUGGCAACCGAUUAAGAAGAGAAUGACUCACACUGUAGUUCUGUAUAAAGCUUGAGACUGUUUCUGCACAGAGAAUGGUUUAAACAAUACAGUGCCAUUACUCUUUACAAUUAUCACAUACCUUAUUCUAAAUGAAAAUACAUGACUAUAUGCCACUGGGAUUUAAUAUUUUGUGAUUGUAAAUUGUUUUUAUUUACCAGAGUCUUCUUUUGUAAAUGUAUACUUUGUUGUAUGAGAUGCUGUUAAAAAUGAUGAUCGACAUGAAUUCACUGUCACUGUCAGUGGCACUUCACUUUACCACUGACAUAUACCUGCUGUAAAUGAGGCUGCAAUCUGUCUGGAGUCACUGUAUUACUGUGACAGACUGCUGUGGGUAAUCUGUUGUUUGAGAAGGUAAAUAUGGAUCACUAAGAGAGGUGUAUUCAAGUCCAGGAUGACCUCCGUUUAAAGUCAGGUCAAUAACAGCUGAAGCUCAAACAGUUAUUCACUGAUUGUAUUUCAAGUAAACUGGUCCCAGACACAGAUCAUUAUGUUUAAUGGCCAUACCAGUGUUAUUUCCCUUCUCUUUUUUUUUACAAUUUAGCACAUAUAAUAUCCUAAAAUCAUUAAAAUGCUGCUUAACAUUUCACAGUUAAAACACUAGUCAUAAAACAAAAACACGGAAGACCAAAUUUUAGAACUCAAAGUGAUCACAUCUGUAAUUUGUCUGAGUAACUAAUAUCUGCAGUUAUGUACUGAUGACUUCAUAAUUACAAGAUAGGUCUGUCAUAAUUGUUAACAAUGAUCUCAUUAUUGUGUGAUGUUUCCAUUCAAAAGAACACAUCUAGCUCACUUUUAGAUUUUUUUAAUCUGACCCUCGGGCAGUAACACAAUAUUUGUUAAGCAUACUAUUGUCUAAGUAACAAUAUGUAAACAGAGCGGAAGGUAACGGUGUUAUGAGGGAUUACCAAAUAUAAUUAGGUCAAGAAUGUGGUUUUUGGUCAAUGGUAAAAAUAAAAAGAACAAAGUUACAGAAUGUGAUGUUUAGUAAAUGGGUAAAAAAAAGAUAGAAACACACUGAUAUCAUUAUAAAUAUAGUGGUCUUAACAAUUGAAGCAUCAUAACUUGUUUUUCUCAUAGUCCAACAGGUUACCCACACUGAGUUUGACGUGUGAAAAUGCCAAAAUGUCCAGCCCUGUGACUCCAGUUGUUCUGUUUCUUGUAAUCCUCUUUCUUUGGUUUCACAGUGACACUGCUGACAGUGAUGCUGUCAUUCUGCCUUUUCUUAUUUCCUGAACACCGUUACUGUAAGGUCAUCUCAGAAAGACCACUGGUUAUAUCAUUACUACAGUGAUAGUAUAUAGACGUGUCCUGGUUGCAUGCUGUGUUCUAUGAUGUAAAGAUGAUAUAUUUAUGUUGACUGUGCAUUGUUCGGGCAGUUAAAUAUAAAGCAAGAUAAAUUAAAGCAAAUUAUAUGUAGGCUAAUUCCUAGUCCAUUACUUUAAUCUAAGAAAUAGUCAAUGGAUCCAUGAAAAUGUGUUUAUUCUGAUGAAUUGUAAGAUCUCAGGUGACACAGGAGCCACUUUGACAUGUUGCUAAACGAACUGUAAAACAUAACAUUGCCAUAAGCUUCAGCUGUUAGCAUGCUGCCACACCAAGUUGGUGAACAUCAUUCUAACUUUGUGAACAUGUUAGCAUGGUGAUGUUAGCAUUUAGCUCAAAGCUCAACUGUACAACUUCAGAGUCACUAGCACACUCCUUUUUUUACCGUGGUGUUAAGUUUUCAUAUAAUUUUUUCUUCUUUUCUUUCUGUGUAACAACAGACUAAUUCUGACUGAAGACAAGUUUUAACUGAAAUUCACAUGUUUACCAUGUUUUACAUUCUACAUGUUUCAAACAGGAGUUAGAUUCAGUGUAGUGUAUGCAGACUGGACACGUCUUUGGCCUUCAAGCAGUUCCUUAUGUUCAAUGUGCCAAACCUGAGUUAGAUGUUGUCAGAAACACUGCAGUGUACAGACCAAACAAAUCAGCAGUAACUGUGUUUGUAAGGAUGAAAUCCAUCAUCUAUAACAGAGGUUAGGGACAUGUCUUAAAAUAUGUACAGUGAAAUCUGAGCUUGAAGUCAGAAUCCUCAGAUUCCUGAAUAGGUUUUAAAUCAUCAGAAUUUGAAAAGAAAAAAAAAAAAUUCUAAAUUCUGGCAUUUAAGAUUUCAAACUGUAUACCUGUAUGAAUUAUUUUUACAUAUCCUUAAUCCUCUUGUAUGCAGUACAAAUGCAUAUUUUUUAAAAGCAAUAAUGAAUCAUUGUUUUGUUGUCUCCCUAAAAAGAACAGAUAUUCAUAUAUUAUUUUCAGUUAGAGGGAGGCUGAUCAGACAACUAUCUGACUUUUUUAAUAUAACAUAUUACAAGCGACUGCAAUGUCAGAGAUGAUAAUAUAGGACUGGUGUCAUGGGGGACUUAGACUCACUGUUUGUAAAUAUGAUUGCUACCACUGUAUGCAAUGUAUUUACCACUAUUAGAUUCUAUAGGACAACAGCAAUCUGCAGCUAUAUCUCUGCAUCCAUAAAGCACUUUGCAGUGUUUAAGUGCCUCAAGGUUUGAUAGUAGCAGAGAUAUAAAAUGACAUAGAUGAAAAAUAAGAUAGAUCCUUUAUUUAAGAAUGAAGACAGUGUGAAGUUUGAGAAAAACACUGUAGUAUAUAUAUUGUACACUGUUGCAUAUAUAGUUUUUACAUAUGCUAUAGUGUUUUGUUUUUUUUCUUCUUCCACAAGCUUGUUUAAUUGUGCAGCAUUGGACUGGAAAUGUUCUAAUAUUCUUUUCUUUUUUCUAAAAAAUAAAGUGUCCAGGUAUUCUGGUGUCAAAUAUAUACAAUCUAUUAAACGUGUUCAAAAAUA